AUGAUGACAAAGACUGUCUGUUGCUGUCUUGGAGUCGUUUUAACAGAAAUACUUUUGGGCGCUGGUGGGAAGGUUCAUACUACGUCCUUGGAGACUCUUCCUUGCUUAUUAAACGCAUUGUUUAGUUUCGAUAAUGUGGAUAGUCAAUUGGCAAUUAAUUGUGAUGCAAAAAAACUUGCUUCACUUUCCAAUGGAUCUGAACCGUCAAAGUAUGUACUGGCUGUAAGUUACUCUCUCGCACAGCUAGUUGAGAGAAGUCCUUCUUCAGAACAACUUGGUUUCGUAAUUCGUCAUUUGGAAGUUCUUUGUCGACGUCUGUCAGAUAUGCAUAAUCCUCAGUAUUUUCAGGAGUAUCUUUCAGUGUUGACCAGCUUCAUCCACUCAUUGGCAAAAUUUGAGUUUAUGUCUUCAUUUGAAGAGGAAAUUGAGAAGAUUCUUACUACUCUGCUAGCCUGCUGUUCAUCCCCUAAUGUAAUGGAUUUAUGCUGCGUAUUUUUGCAACAUAUAUCUGGAAGAUAUAAUCCCUUCGAAUUUAUCAGAUCAGUGGUUCAAAGUAAAGCUCAGAGCUACGAAAACAAAUUUAAAUUCCUUAAAAACCUAGCUAACUGGGAAUAUUUUGAUAGGGAUGUUUGCCCAAAUCUCACAGUUUUACUUUUGGAUGUCCAUACCUUUCGGAGGAAUGAUUCUCAGUCCACGCAUGCUUUAUGUAUUUUCGAUGUGCUGCUACGUAUUGGACUUAUUAAAGAUUUAUUUGAAGAAGAAUUAUAUUUCCAAUAUGGUGACAGUUUAUCUGCUACAUUUUCCAUUGAUUUCACUUGUUGUGAUACCUUAUUGGAUAGAUGUGAUUUCUCUGUUGUCGAUUGGUUUGUGUCACCUCUUAGAACUCUGGUAGAUGAUGAUUCCUUCGGGCGUAGAAAAUGUUGCGGUUGCUCUGUUGAUGCGCUGGUUCCAAACUGGGUUACUGUAUUGUGUUUACCACACAUUAGACCUUUACCAUUGGAACAAGUUAACGAACUGUUAACAAAAGCGUUUGAAAACCUUAUAAUUGCCCUGCCUAAUUUGAGUGAAUCCGACAAAACAGAUUUACAUUUGAACAAGGUGGAAAAGCAAUGCAUACUCCGAUUAUUGGCAGUUGUUGAAGCUGUACAUAAACUCCGUCCAACAACACUGCAGUUAUUUAGAAGUUGCGGACUGUUUGCUACCGCCGAAUGCUUCAGUAAAUUAAUUUCCAUUGCAAGAGCUGUGCACUUUUCCGAUAGUGGAUUUUCCUGCAUCCUACUGAGAAUUGUUGAUAUUGUCAUCCACCUGUUUGUCAUCGACUGUGAUAUAAAUCGGAUCUCUGUAAUAAAUGCUUCUGGAGAUAAAUUAUCUGACAUUCUGAUGCCUUUGUUAGCAUCGAAUAGUCAUCAGAUACGACUUCAUGUUUUACGAAUCCUAUCUGUUAUUUAUAGUGAUAUAAUAGAUUCUGCAAACAAUGUUCCUGGCAGUAUUCAGUUACUACUGUUCAUCCCCAUACUGUUGUACAUAGUAUCAUUGAAAGAUGUUUGA